AUGUCGAUCGCUACACAGUCUGCUUCCCAUUGCAUCAAUAGCGAUGAAAACGUCUCCAUUGUCGCACUUUUAGCAGCCGACAGCGAGGCCAACAAAGUAUCGAAGAAGAGAGAAUAUAAUAGAAAUGCUCAGCGAGCAUUUCGUCAACGGCGCAAAGAACAUCUUCGUAACCUCGAAGCAGCACAGGCCGUAUCCAACAGUAUCCAAGUCGAGAACGUCAAGCGACUUCGUCGUGAUUUCCAGCUCCUUUCACAGGAGAAUGAAUCCCUCAAAGCUGCCUAUAGAUCUCCAGCGUAUAGAUCUCCAGCAACCUCUCAUAUAUCGACGAUCUCACCAUCUCCUUCGAAGGAUAUCCACUACGGGGCACUUUAUCCGGACUAUUUGGGAUCGAUACCCACAAAUGCUUCAUAUACACCGGAAUUCGGACCAUCUACCCUUUAUCCACUCACCACGACACUAGCAUCGAGCGUAAGCACGAUUCCCGCGAACUCGGUGCUGAUGUCCCCUCAUAACAUUCACGACAUUCGACGCAAUCUAUAUACCAUGUUUAGUCCUCUUCUCGAAAUUUCAGUACCUUCAACCUCCCAAAUGCACUUGGCCACUCUGGCAGCAUUAAAAUCAACAUUGCCAAAUCCCUUGAAGCCGACGUCUUUACAACUCUCAGUCCCUCACGAUGUGUAUAUAGACUUGAUCCCUUCCCCCAGUCUUAGAGAUCGAUUAAUAAUGGUUGGCCCGGCGAACGCUAGUUCUUUCCUCACAGACGCAUGUACAAUCGCAUGCGAUAUCGAAGAUACCGGUCAGAUCAUCGUAUGGGGAAAAGACUGGUUGAACGAAUUCUCUUGGGAAUUCUGUCCCAGUUUACUUGAACGUUGGGGCGGCUUUAUUCUUGGUCCUGAAUGGGGGCAACGGGCAAACUUCUGGCGGAAACAAAGAAGAGCCCCAAUUAUACCGAGUUAUGAUUGA